AUGUCUCGCUUUCUGCCUCCAGCAAUAAAAAGCCACUUAUGCUGUAUUGAUAGCUACGAUCUGCGCCUCAGCAACGAAUCGAAUGGAAGGCAACUGUAUACAUAUACAGUAACAUGGCAUGAUUUGCAACAAUUCAAGCAAUCAAAUUCAACGGAUGAUGUGGGAUUGACAACUAUAUCUCCUCAAUUCUCAUUUAUGAGUGUAUCUCCAAAGCAAGAUAUGUCCUUAGUAGACAUGAACAUUUGUAAACGUAUUCAACCAACUAAUGCUCCUAGUUCUCAAAUUCGAGAAUGCCACUGUGAUGGACCAUGCGGAAAAAUAAAGCCAGUGGGUGAAAUGCAUAUUAUGGGUCUAUGUGAUCAUUACAUUUGUCGAGAUUGUUUGGAAAAAGCACCAGUUGUUGAAACUGCUGGUGGCUUUGGUUGCCCGAAUGCAUCCUGUUUGCAAACAGAUCUGAUGUAUACAAAUGGUCAUCGACGUUCUCACAAGAACCAAGAAAUUACCGCUAUGUCUUCACACAGGACGGCUACAACUGAUAAAAGUGAUCAAAGCAUAGUGCCAACUGUACUGAAAAGUAGGCCAUGCCUUCGUUUAGUGGAAGUUCGCUUGACAGCCUUCAUACCGUUACGAAAUUCUGACAAAGUGUUUCGUCAGCAGCAAAUUGUAGAAAUAUACGGCGACUACACAAUGUUACAAACAUUAAAUAUACUGAAAGAGUAUGAACGGCUUAGCAGUUUGGAUAUCGCAAAUCAUGUAUAUUAUUGCCCGAGUGGUCUCAUUGAUGAACGUUCAUCCUGGAAACACAUUAGAGAAGACGAUCUGUUGAUGCCAAUUACAAAUUUCGGUCAAGAAGAUCAACGUAUAGACAUCAUUUUUGAUUAUACCGCCCGUUAG